GUCUGCUUCGAAGCGAGACCCACUGAGCCCAAGGAAACGUUUUUCCUAGUGCGAGCGUGCAGUUUUCCUUUCCUGGCGUCCUCCACGUAUUUUGGACCACAGCUCCUAUCUGCGACUCUGUUCGCUGAGAAUGAUAGGAGCUUUAACCCAAAACUUCGGAAAGGCGCUGGCUUAGGGAAGGCUUAGUUCUGAAUAGGUAUCCUAGGAUUUCCACGCGCCACCACACUUAAGUGCCUGCUUUUCCCCCCAUGAGCGGGGUGUGUGUGCAGACGAGAAGGGUGGGGAAGGGGGUUAUAUUUCGCCUUUGCCAACCUGGUGCCUCCUGGAUGGUUUGAACUUCAGCUCCCAGCACGGCUGACCAUUGGUCAUGCUGAUGGAGGCUGAUGAGAUUUGUAGUCCAAGAUAAAUGAGGAACACCAAACUGGGGAAGUCUUUUUCUCAUUUCCAGAAGAUAAAUUUGUGCAUGGUAACUUUUCUUUGUUUUAAAAGUUUUAAUGUACAAUACAAAAGAAAGGGGGUGGGCAUAAGAAUGUGACAUAACAUUCAGAAUACUACUAAUAAAAGGAAAAAGGACAAUUCAGCACUUCUCAAAAUAGGUAACUUAAGCAAUCCAUCUGAAAUAGCAUCUGCACAAAAUUGACAGCUGUCACUUCCCCUCACCACUGCUUCUUCAAGCCCGUUUCUGUCCCUUGCAUGGAGAUUUUGCCGCACAACAUCCAGGUUGAUUUUGUUCCCUGGCAAGCAACUGUGCCAUUUACCUUCGGUCCCUGAGGGAAAGGAGACACUUUCUGUGUUCUCUCCAGUCAGGCCUAGCCUAAGACACACUGCCAUCCUGAGAGAAACUAUGUAAUUAAUUUCUUUACCUCCUGGUGAUCCUGGAGCUUCUUGGGACAUGCAGCUCCUCUUGCAUAGCUCUUGGGUCUGGAGGCAAGAUGGAGAAGAUCUCAGUUGACACACAGUAGGUCUCACCACCUGUGUCCCUGCCUGGUUUGGUCUUUGGCAUGCCCUCUCCAGGACACACAUUGGCCUCCACAUGCCAAUAGACAGUUGACUGUUGCUGGCCAUGUGUCACCUCUUUAGACCUGAUUUUUGGCCCACUGGCUUUUUCAUCCAUUGUGUCCUGUGGAGGAUCACAUUCUAGUUGUCUGGGCCUUCUGCAGAUAGUCAUGAGGACAGCUCUAGAUGCCUUUCUGUUGCCUUUCCCCCUCAGAAUCAGUUCCCCUUCUGCUUUUUAAAUGGGUAAUCCCUUUGAAAAUCCUGAGCAGCAGCAUUUUUACAGUUCUUCUUAUUUAAACAGGCCAAAAUGAUGUUGCCUUAGACCAGUCUUACCCAGCAUGGCAAGCUGGCACCUUCCAGAUGUUGGCUGAUGGGGAUUGUAGUUGACUCAUCUGGAGGGUGUUUGGGGUGAGGGAGGCUGCAUUAAGCAAACUGCCAUCUCUCAUCUUCAACCCCUUCCCACCCAACAUGGAGUUAAACAUUAGGGCUGUGACAUCAACCACUGCCUCAUCAGUAAAUUCAGCAGACCAAGUGAUGGAAAGCUGCUUAAUCUGGAAGGUGCUGUUGAAACAACAGGAUAAACACAAGUAUUUACGAAAAGCAUGAGUAGAAGCUUUGAUUUUGGAAGAGCUUUCUCCCUUCUCAGAUUGGAGGGGAUUAUCACUUAGAACCAGGGUGGACCACUUGUGACCAUCCAGGGGCUUUAGCUUACAACUCCCAUUCGUCCUAAGCAGCAUAGCCAAUGGUGCAGUAUCAUGGGAGUGGUAAGCCAAAACAUCCAAAAUGCCAGAAGUUGCCCAUUCCUGAGUUAGAAGAUGAUGUCUGCUGCAACACAUGCAUACCUGAACUGGAAAAAAAAUGGAUGCUUUUCUUCAGAAUAGCUUUCUGCAGAUGUAUGCGGAUUUAAUUGAUUAACUGAACUUGCUAUAAUUGACUAAGAUUUAAUAGGGUAACUGCCCUAAUAACAACACUGGCUUACCAUGCAAAGUUUUUAAAAGAUGGUUGGGAUAAUGUAAAUAAAGGUUUGCUUUUAAUGCUUUGUGGCUUGAAUCCAUUCUGCUGGUGUUUCACCAGCAGAAUGGAUUUUCUCCCCCACUAGGGUCCCAUAAAUCCCCCAAGUCUGCUCUGGAGGGUUAGGAGACCCUCUUGAGCAAAUUUAGAAGGUCUGUGCAGAGUUCACUGAGGAGGGAAAGACGAGAGUACAAGUACACAUUCACUUGUGGAAUUAAACCUAAAUCAUUACCUAUUACCAAUCUGACACUCCCCCCCUGUGUUUAGAAAAGCACAGCUAUUUAGAGAACAGAUGUCAGAUUUCCUUAAAGGCAAAUACUUAUUCCAUAGUCUGGGUACAAUAAUGUCUGAAUAUGGCUUACUUGGGGUUAUCGGAUUUCUUGCUGCAGACCCUGCCCCAGCUAGGCACAUACUCAGGGAGCCAUCCCUUGUAUUGCGCAAAUGGCAGAGAGAUCUCCAGGCUGUAGCAGUGGUGCUCCAAGAGACCUUUCUCUAUUCCAGGGAAGCAGAGCAUGCUUUUGUUUGCACCAUAAAAGCAGCUGUGGUAUAUCUGGCCCUCUCUCCAAGUUAACAUAAUAGAUGGCUUUUGUCUCAAGUGAUGUAGCAAUAAUCUGGCCAAAUAAAACAAAUAUCCUACAAGCCAAAUGGCAUAUCUUAUUUAGACCCAGAGCUAGACAUUCCAAGUUGAUAGCAAUGCUUUUUAGCAUUGUGGUAAAAAAAAGGAAAUGUCUGUUAGUCCCAAACCCAAUCUUUGUGAGUAGGUCUGGUGUGUUAAUCCAUGCAUUUUCAUCCUUAAGUUGUGUGCUUAAUAUUAGAAUAUGAACCAAAUCACAUUUUUAUUAUAUCUCUUUAUUCUCUUCCAUCUGCAACUUGCUGUAAUAUGUUUGUGUCCUCUGUCUUCAUCCAACUCCAUCCCAACUGGAUCAGUGACUUUUGGGUUUGACAACUAGUUAGAAUUUUAUUGGUUUGGAGAAAAUUUCAUCUUCCCAGCUUGUUGGCAGAACAGGAGUGUGGAAAGACAGAGGGGACAAAGAAAGACCAGCAAAAAUGUGACAGGUUUCUGAAAUUUCUUCAACUUUCUACAUGUGCAAGGUAUUCUGAAAUUGGUACCCUCCUGACAUGGUCUGUCCCUUUGUUGGUCCUUUUAGAUUAAAGCUGAUUCUUGUUUUGUUUGCUUCUUUUUUAAAUACAAGCAAUAGGAAAUGAGAACCAACUUGUGUGAGAGUGCCAAAAGCUUGCAAACUGAUUCAGUAGAGAGCAAUGAGAGCAGUGUCUUGAACACAGGAAAAAAAAGUACAUCAUCAACAUCACACAGAACUAACACGGGUGGCAACUGAUCACAAUAUUGACAACACAACAGCUGUGCUUCAGGAGUGGCUGACAAAUGUCCAGAGCAUGUAUCACUCCGUGGAGUGGCGGCCCGUGGAACAGCCCAGGUUCUAUCCAGAUGAGGAAGGUCCGAAGCACUGGUCCAAUUCCCGUUAUGAGCAUGUCAUGAAGCUUCGGCAGGCAGCUUUGCAUCAUGCCCGGGACAUCUGGGCGGAUUACAUCCUGUUUGUGGACUCAGACAAUCUCCUGACCAACCCUGACACCCUGAGCCUUUUGAUAGCUGAGAACAAGACUGUGGUGGCACCCAUGCUGGAUUCACGGGCAGCCUAUUCGAACUUUUGGUGUGGGAUGACUUCACAGGGUUAUUACAAGCGUACCCCAGCUUACAUCCCCAUCAGGAAACAUGAUCGCAAGGGCUGUUUUGCCGUUCCCAUGGUACACUCCACCUUUCUCAUCAAUCUGCAGAAAGAAGCCAGCCAGCACCUUGUUUUCUACCCACCCCACCCCGAUUACACUUGGGCUUUUGAUGACAUCAUUGUCUUUGCCUUUGCCUGCAGGCAGGCAGAAGUUCAGAUGUUUGUGUGCAACAGAGAGGUGUAUGGCUUCCUACCUGUGCCUCUGCGAUCCCACAGCACCCUGCGUGAUGAAAUAGAGAGCUUCAUGCAUGUCCAGCUGGAGGUCAUGGUUAAGAACCCAUCGGUGGAACUUUCUCAUUAUCUGUCUGUGCUUCCCAAAAUCCCAGACAAAAUGGGAUUUGAUGAGGUCUUCAUGAUCAACCUGAAGCGUCGGGUGGAUCGCCGAGAGCGGAUGCUGCAGACUCUGUAUGAACAGGAAAUUGACUGCAAGGUCAUUGAGGCUGUGGAUGGGAAAGCAAUGAACAGCAGCCAAGUGGAAGCUAUGGGGAUCAAGAUGCUGCCAGGUUACAAAGACCCCUACCAUGGGCGUCCACUCACCAAGGGUGAAUUGGGUUGCUUCCUCAGCCACUAUAAGGUUUGGCAAGAGAUUGUUGAGAGAGGCCUGGAGAAAUCAGUGGUUUUUGAAGAUGACCUGCGCUUUGAGAUCUUUUUUAAACGGCGCAUAAUGAACCUCAUGUAUGACUUGGAAGAGGAGGGCCUGGACUGGGAUUUGAUCUACAUUGGCCGGAAGCGCAUGCAGGUGGAGCAUUCAGAGAAAGCUGUGCCCCACGUCCGCAACCUGGUAGAAGCUGACUACUCCUACUGGACUCUGGCCUACAUUAUCUCCCUACAGGGUGCCCAGAAGCUCCUGGGGGCUGAGCCUCUCUCCAAGAUGUUGCCCGUAGAUGAGUUCCUGCCUGUCAUGUUCAAUAAACACCCUGUUUCUGAGUACAUGGAGCACUUUGAGAACCGGAACUUACUGGCCUUCUCAGUAGAGCCCCUGCUGGUCUACCCAACGCACUACACAGGCGACGAUGGCUACAUCAGUGACACAGAGACCUCUGUGGUGUGGAACAAUGAGAAUAUCAAGACUGACUGGGACCGGGCCAAGUCCCAGAAGAUGAAGGAGCAGCAAGAGCUGAGUAAUGAGGCCAAGAACACUGAUGUGCUCCAGUCGCCUCUCGACAGCACAGCCCGUGAUGAGCUUUGACCCAACUCGCGCGCAGAUGGAGGGACUGGGGGAGCAAAAUGGCAUGCAGGAGGGCUUUUCUCUUCCUCAGGGUUUAUGGGUUGGUUACCUCAGAGGUUAGCUGCAGGGGGUUCACUGUACACCAUGUCUUCGAUCGCAACCUUGUGCCAGUGCAUGAAGGCUACCCCCACUUCUGGCCUGGGGGAGCCUGCUAAGGGAAGUUGUGGGCUUGCUUCGUUCUGCCAUCCUCCAUCACUCCCGUUCUCUUCUCUUUUGGGAAAGUGGUGCAGGUCACACCUUACCAUAUGCAUUUGUGUAAGAGAAGUUUUAUUCUCUGAAUAAUCGGUACUCAGCAGGGAGCCCUGUAUCCUCUGGGAGGAGCGGGUGGUGAUUCAGUCCCUGAGUAAGGGGCUGAGGAAUGGCGCAGGGCAGCAGGCUGCAGCACUGCAAAGCUCUGUGUCAGACUAAACCAUCCCUCUUGGUGUAUGAUUGAGGCCUUUUUGGUUAUUUUUAUAUAAAUAUUUUUAACAAUGACAGCUUCCUAUCUCCUUUCUGAGGAAUCCGGGUUUUUCUCUUCUUUGAGCCUCGGCAGUGUUGAGGUUGUGGUUUGAUUGCAGAAAGACUAAAUGUUCCAGUUUCCCUUAGGCCGGUAAACUGUCCCCCCCGCCCCCCGUCUCUUGCCUUGCCUCGCCUUGUAAGGAAAAGUCAGCAGCCUUGUGUAUUGUAUUGCUAGUCAUUGAUGUGUGGCGGGACAUCUGCCCAACAAGGAAAACGGCUGGAAUUCUAUUUCCCAUUCCACAUCAUGACAAGCUAAUGUCUUCAACUGGUGGGUUGGGACUUCAAUUUAUGUUGCACCUGCAAUAGCACCUCCACCAUGCUUUGCCUUACCAGUCUAUUUAUUAGUGAAAAGAAAGAGAUGCAAGAAAGAAAGGUGGGAGUAAGAGAAGGAGAGUUUAAAAAUUUUUAGAAGCAUCUUGUAUUGCCUGUUAGGGUGUCAGAUUUGAAAAGCCUGAAGGUUCUGAAAACAUUUAAAAGAAGUUUAUAGACUUCUGAAAUAUGGUGAAGUCACCAUCACCAACUUUGAUUCAUAUUUUCAGUUCAAGUUUAAUGUUACCUUACUGAAUGUUUAAAUAAAUGAAGCAAUAAUCUUUAGGUCACUGGGAGUAGUAAGGAGAGGUUUCGUUCCACAGUUGAGAGGAGGGAAAGAGACCUAAGGAUGCAAGCCUGUGCUGGAAUGUUUGAGAGGAGAGUACGUGUGCCUUUUCACACAUGCUGGAAGACAAUGAUGGCAUGAUAUUCACCAUAGAUUGGACUACUGAGGACAGUUGGUAGAAAUGCCAGAGAAUGUAGAAAUGUGCCUGCUUUUGCCAGCAAGCAUCGCCCAGCUGUAUCAGGGCAUGGCAUGUGUCUGUGUAUAAGAAAAAAUCUUGAGAUUGCUGUGUCCAUUUUUGCCACAAAUGGUGCCCAAACUGUGUGCGAGACAUCACUGCUGGGUGCAUAGGAGUGCAGCUGGAUGAGCUAGGACAUGGGCAGGUUGAAUAUGACAUUCUUCUUUGUGAUCUCUGUGCAUCACACAUAUGGGCUCUGUGCUUGCAUGGAGGCUGUUGUCAGAUAGAGAGAGAUUCUCUAGCUAGACAUUUUGGGGAGAGCUCCACCCACCUUCUCCAAUACUAUAUAAAGGUGGCGCUCCCACCAUUUUCUCCAGUUUGUUUUCAACUGCAGCCUUGGGUGCCUCAAAUGUGUUCUUACCCUAGCUCUCCUCAUGAUCUAGAACCUUCCUUUUACCUCAGAAACCUUAUCUUUUUCUCACUUUCACCAUUUCUAAACCUCUACUUAUCAAAUCGUAUAAUUUUUUUGACAUCUCAUUUAUCCAUUUUACUUCAUGGCUUACUUGUACUGUUAACUACUCUCAACUGUCAUUCUAACCCCCCUUCCCCCCAUCUUUACUCACCAAUGGCAUUCACAGGUGUGUUUUGAAAGUGUGUACGCUGAGGCACUAAGAUGACCUCAACAGAUAGGCAUUUGCUUUGUCUUUUCUGCCUUGAAGAAGUCCACAGGGUAGACUCUUGGCUGCACUGUCAAGCUCUGACCAAGGAGGCAAGAAGGAAUCAAGCCAGGUGUCUGUGUCACGAAAUGUGGAAGAGAAUCUUUCAGGCCACAUUUACAGUCACAGCAGACUCUUCUGCUUCACUGGCAGUUCCAAGUGCUGAGCAGGUGAAAUCCACACCAAAGGCCACUGAAAAAUGACACCAAAAGAGGCCCAAAUAGGGCCCCAAAAUGGCAACUGAUGGAGGAUCAGAAAUUUCAGGAAAAAAAGUCAGUUGAAAAGCCUAUGAAGAAGGCUUGUUGCCAUUCCCUCACACUGGACCAAUCACAAGUCUGCUCUGGGGCACUUGCAGUGGAAUUGGCACUGCCUACAUCACCAGUCCCACCAGCUGUGCCAAUGGGACCAUCCUCCAGAUAGAGACUCUGACUGGAGCAUGAUACUCUUUCCUCCUCAUAGGGUGAGAUAAGAGAUUCACCCCCAUCAGCUCUGCAAUGCUUUCCCCAUCCAAUGCAGGAACGGCGAUACUUUCCCCAACCAGUGUGAGAACCACACUCCAGACCAACCUUUGAAACAGUCUUGCCUGUUAUCUCCAGAGACUCAUGCCAUCAAUCCAGUACGACCCCUGUGCUGACUUGGAGAGGAGCCACUGGAUGCCACCAACAACUCCAUAUGAACAGUGCUUCUGGGAACUGAGAACAAUUGUAUGGGCAGCUUCAGGGCUCCUCCUGCUGGACAAAUGCCAGAAUAACAGCCCUGGUAGUUGCAGGAUUGAUCCCAGACUGUGCAGCAGCUGCCAGGGACUUCAUAAAUGCCACCUGGGAGGCCUGGGGGGAAUAACUAUUUAUGAAGUGUCUCUUCCCUCCAGAAGCUGCCUUAACACUAGCCUCCAGUGUGUUGAAGCUCUGUGGCAUCUGGAUCCUGUCUGUUCCUGCUCCUGUUCCUGUUCCGAAGAUAGCCCUGCCCUUAAGCAAUCUUCUUGGUUCCUGAUCUCUGGCUUGUUUUGACUACACUUUGCUGUCUGAAUUAUGCUUUGUUUGCUUCCCUGUUUGCUCCUGGUAGGUUUGUUCUGGAUUUCUACUUGGAUUUGACUGGUGACUGGACUUAGCCAUAUAGCUUAUUGACUUUUAUCUGGGUCCUGAUGCCUCUGAUUAGCUUCCUGCUGCCCAUGCCCCCAACUCUGACAAACCACCAUACAAGACAUCAAUGUCCACAUCACUGGAGGAUGUGAUAACACAAGGUCUGGAGUCCCCUUCUGAAGACUUGGGUAGAUUCUCUGAGCUGGUCCUCUGGAUGGCGGUAUUUCUUGCAUUGGAGACCCAGCAACUGGCUAAACCACCAAUUGACCUCAUAUAUGAUGUCAUUUUGAUGGAGGACUUUGUUCCACUCACCUUUCCGUUUGUCCUAAUCCUUCUUAACACUAUGAAGGACUCGUGGAAGGCAACAGCUCAACGAUGCCCCAUGUUACUUAGAGAGUCUAUACUGAGUCCAGGACAUCCUCUUUCUUCUGCAUCAUCCUCAACCCAACUUGAUGGUUAUGGAGUCAGUGCAAGGACUCUCUCAGUGAGAACAUUCAGUCUCUGUGGACAUAGGACAAUGAUUAGACUCAAGAGCCAGAGGAAUAUACGUGGUGAUGGGGCUCAGGCUCGGGCUGUGCAUCUCGAACCAAGAAGCUACAGUACCAUGUGUUCCUGUGGGAAAAGAUGGGGACUGUAGCACUAAGUAUCUCCCUCAACAACAGUGGGAACUGGCUAGAGUCCUCCAAUCUGAAGCUCUGAGACUGUCCAAGCAACAAAUAAAUGCCACACAGCACCACUUGGAGUGUGAUUCAAGAGUGCUGGUUGGUGCUGUGGCAAUCUGUUGCCUUGCUUGGCUCAGAGCAUUCACUCUCCCACAGGACACAUGGGCACCACAUUAAAUUCGAAUCCCUUCCAUCACUGGGAACAGUGCAGACUACCCCCCCCCCCUCGCAUCAGCCACCCUAAAAAAAGUAGCUAUGUUUCGAGCAAAGGGAGCAAUUUGAUCUGUCUCACCUUCCGAUCAUUGGGGAUUCUACUCCUGGUAAUUUACUGUCCUUAAAAAGAAUGUUGGCCUACAUCCCAUCUUAGACCUUAGAACCAGAGAGACCAUACAGACUGCAUCCUAGUGACACCUAGUGAACCACAACAGACUUGGUUCACAUCCACCAAGUUCUCACCUUCCUGCAUGACCUCAUGUCAAAAGCUUAAAACCAUCUUUGAUCAGGAUAUACUUAGCAGCAAUAUCCUCCUUCCAUAGGAUGGUCAAAGAGUACAGUUUUCUCACACCUUCUUGCCAGAUGGUUCCUGAAGGGACUACAAAAUAUCUCCAUUCCAUCCUGAUCAAUCAUGCUGGAAUGAAGCCUUUCAAUAGUUCUGCAAGCACUAACAAAGCCACCAUUCGAACCCUUGGCUACUGUGGACAUCCACCUGGUAUCCUGGAAAGUGGCAUUCCUUGUGGCUAUUGUAUCUGCAUGCAGAGCUAGUGAAUUAUGCACCCUUUGGAUCAACCUUCCAUUCCUGACUUUCACAGGGAUAAAGCAGUGCUCUGAAUGGACCACUCCUUCCUUCCCGAGGUAGUCUCCUCAUUCCAUCAGAAUCAAGAUAUAAUUCUAGCAGCUUUUUUUCUGGCACCAUCCAGACUGAUAGAAACAGCACUACACACAUUGGAUGUUCACAGAGCCUUAUCUUUCUAUUGUUUACACGGAACCAAUCUGCAAAACAAAAGGACUGUUUCAUAUGCAGAAAAGUUGAAGGAAAAUUCAAUAACGCUGCAAAGACUAGCUCACUGGAUAGCAGAGACCAUCAAACUAGCCUACUAAAUAGCUGGGCUGGAACUCCCACAACAACCAAAAGCCCAUUCAACCGGAGCAGUGGCAACAUCUCCAGCUUUAAACACUGGCAUGAUAGUGGAGGACUUAAGCAAAGCAGUGACAUGGUCCAAUCCAUCUACAUGUGUCUGGCAUUACUGACUCAAUAUUUGAGUGAGACACAGCUGUUCUUUUGGAUGGGUGAUUUUGUCAGCAGUUCUUUGAUGACAACACUGCCCCACCUCCAUUCCCAGGUAAGCUCACUAAUCACCCAUAUGUAUGAUACACAGAGACCACAAAGAAGAAAGCAAGGUUACUUCCCUGUAACAAAUGUUCUCUGAGUGGUUAUCUAUGUAUUCAUGCAACUUGUACAUCAGCCCCUCCUCAGUGUCGCAUGCAGUACAAAACACCUUAACAUCCAUGCUCUAGUUCCCAGACCCAGAUGAUGGUCCCACAAGAACUGGAGAAAAUGGCAGGAGCUGUGCCUUUAUCUAAAGUCAGGGAAGGGAGAUUGGGCUUCCACCAAAAGGCCUAGCCAGGGAAUCUCUUUCUAUCUUGACAACAAGCCCCACACAGGUGCUGAGCCCAUAUGUGUGAAUGCACAGAUGACCACAUGAAGAAUGUUGGUUACAGGUAAACAUCCUUACUUUCUCAUGCUGAUCUGUAAUGGAAGAUCACCAUCCACAGACCUCUUCCGUCGCCAGUUUUUCUUGACUCAUUCAUCCUGCUAGCGGAUGUCAUAUCAGGACAGUGAGGUUCUGCCCCCAGAUCUGUGUGUGCAGUCAUUCACAAAAUGCAGAUGAGUCAGGUUCCGAGCUACAUCUCUCUGCUUACACUGCUUGUGCCUUUCCUGCAUAACCCCAUAUAGUGGAAACUGCAUUCUUUCACUUGUCCCCUUUCCCCUUCUGGUUGUGAAGGAUUUGAAAGGAGAUAGAUCUUCUUAUCCCUCUGGACAGGAAGAUUUUAUCUUGCACUCCCCCAUUUUAGAAGCAUUUAUUCCUUAGCACAUGGGCUGGCACAUGCUUGGGUAUUAUAUGCAUGGACCUGUUUGGAACAGCCUUGGGUUAAAUUUCUUUGAGUGAUUGUACUUUCAUCAUCAGAAGAAGCAGCUGGCUAUGACUUGAGCAGCUUUAAGUCAAUAGCUAGAGACAGCUUUGGUGUUACUAUGUAGUUUUGCUACAGUACUGCUUUGUAAUUAAGAGGGUGUACAUUUGCAAGGACACUUCCUUUGAAAAAUAAAUGCUACAACAGAAUGGGGCAUUGGCAGUGACCAACUAGAAAAGGAUGUUCACUGAUACUACAGGUCAUUUUGGUAGGGCAGCCUGUCUACUAAUUGCACUCAUGUCCCUGUUGUAUGGAUCCUCUGCUCCAUGAACUGUCAGGGCACAAUACACCAGCAUGUUCUGCACAAACUCUUGUGCAAUUCUCAUUCAUUUCAAGAGGGCCUGUACAGUUAAAUACAUGUGGUACAUUCCAAUCUUAAUUUCUCAUAAAACAUCAAAGGGACUAGGGACUAGUUAAUCACAACUGCAAAGCUCAAACUGAUUUGAUAAUGGGUGUCCUUGGGCUGAGCAGAGACUUUAACCUAGUUUCCAUAAGGACAACAGUAGUCGGAGGUGACCAACCUUCGGGCCAUGCCCAUGCACUCCCUGCAGUUAUCUGUGCAGCUAGUUAUGAAAAUUACCUUUCAAUGCAGGGGAGGAGAGGGUUAAGUUUUGAAUCUAUGUGAUGGUUGGGCACCAAUUUCUUAAUAAAAGGAUUCUAAAUGGCUCAAACCAUGGAAGCAGGAAAACAAAAGGCCAAAUUUGUUCAACUUUAAUCAUUCUGUAUACUGAUGUUUCUAAAGGGAUGUCUCAUAUUUCAAGUAAAAAAACCUUGAAAGAUGAGAACCAAAAUAAAUGCAUUUGUUUCUUCUUCUGUGGCCAUGAAAGUGAUAUGCAAAUUUUGUUAAUGUACUUCAAAUGCUCCUGUAUGUUCUUCCAUUUCUUCUUUUUUCAGCAAUCAAAUACACUACAGUUGUCUGGCUGUCA